UCUAUAUAUGACGCAGCCCUCACUAACCCAUCACAGUCACCUUCUUCACCUUCCCCUCUCUUAUUUUCUUUACCUUUCUUUUCAUCAAUGGAGUUGAUGAAUGCUUCAUCCCUGUGGUUGGAGUCCAUUUCCAGUGUUUUUUCUUUGCUUUUCUUUGGGUUUACUUUCUUGUUUUCUUUCUUCUCUUUGCUCGUCUUUGUGUUCAGGCUUAAGCCAUGGUGUAACUGUGAGGUCUGCAAGAGCUAUCUCACUGCGAGCUGGACCAAAGAUUUCGCCAAUCUCUGCGAUUGGUAUACUCAUCUUCUUCGGAAAUCUCCCACCGGAACGAUUCAUCUCCACGUUCUCGGCAAUGUCAUCACCUCCAACCCAGAAAACGUUGAGUAUAUACUCAAGACAAAUUUUGACAACUACCCAAAAGGGAAACCUUUCUCUGCUCUCUUGGGUGAUCUUCUGGGUCGAGGUAUUUUCAAUGUUGAUGGUGAUUCUUGGAGGUUUCAAAGGAAAAUGGCCAGUUUAGAGCUCGGUAGUGUGUCUAUAAGGAUUUAUGCUUUUGAGCUUAUUAUGAGUGAGAUCCGAGGAAGGUUGAUUCCUCUCUUGUCAUCAAAUGCUGAUAAAAAUCAAGCUUUGGAUUUGCAAGAUGUGUUUAGAAGAUUUUCUUUCGAUACUAUUUGCAAAUUUUCCUUCGGUUUAGACCCCGGAUGCCUUCGGCUAUCUCUGCCCAUUUCAGAAUUCGCUCUUGCUUUUGAUACUGCGUCAAAGUUGUCUGCAGAGAGAGCUGCAGCACCAUCGCCGAUUAUUUGGAAGAUCAAAAGGCUACUAAAUUUAGGAUCGGAAAAGAAACUCAAAGAGGCUAUAAAAUAUGUUGAUGAACUCGCAGAAGAAUUGAUCAAUCACCGGAGAAAAGUAGGCUUCACCGAUAAGAAAGAUCUUUUAUCAAGAUUCAUGGGAUCCAUCAACGAUGAUAAGUAUCUUCGUGAUAUUGUCAUUAGCUUUCUCUUGGCUGGUCGUGACACAGUUGCCUCAGGGCUAACAAGUUUCUUCUGGCUGCUGUCACAGCACCCAGAAGUUGAAUCAGCAAUUCGAGAUGAGUCUGAACGAAUCAUAGGGCCGAGUCAAGAGAACAUCAGCUAUGAGCAAUUGCGAGGCAUGCAUUAUCUAAAUGCAGCCAUAUAUGAGAGUUUAAGAUUAUACCCAUCUGUUCAAUUUGAUUCCAAGUUUGCUGAAGAAGAUGAUAUAUUGCCUGAUGAUACAUUUGUAACAAAAGGCACUAGAGUAACAUAUCACCAAUAUGCAAUGGGUCGAAUGGAGCGGGUUUGGGGUCCGGAUUGUCUCGAAUUCAAACCCGAAAGAUGGUUAAAAAAUGGGGUUUUUGUUGCAGAAAACUCAUACAAAUACCCAGUUUUCCACGCUGGAUUUAGAGUUUGUUUGGGAAAGGAAAUGGCAUUAGUUGAGAUGAAAAGUGUAGCUCUGCAAAUGAUUAGGUCCUUCAAUGUUCGGGUUGUGGAUCCGGAUCAGCCACCGAGAUUUUCCCCGGGUCUUACAGCCACCGUGAGAGGUGGCUUGCCAGUUUUGAUCCAAGAAAGAGAGUCCUCGACGAACCACCACCACCACGGCCACCAUAUAUAAUAUUAGUUAGAUCAUGCAUAUAUAGCUAUGCCAUGUAAAUAAGUGUGAUGAUAUCUAAUGGGUCAAAAAAAAAAAAGGCAAGCUUUCUGUACAUGUUACUAAGAACAGCUCCCUUUCUUUAUCAAGUAGCAGUAUUAUUGCCUCUUUUGAAUUCUGUGAAAUUGGGCAAGUUUUUAAAUACUGCAAA